AAUCAAUCAAUCAAUCAAUCAAUUCAUCAACCAGACCAAUUAAAAACAAUACCCGCAAUGACUCUUUCUUUUCAGGGCUGAUUGCGAACGAAUCAAGAAAAGCACUCGGGGAACUUUCCGGUCUAGACGAUCAAAAAGUUUCUUGUCGGCGUGCGGGGUUGUUUCCCGACAACCAUUUGCGGAGUUUUAAUCCUGCUCUUUCGUUGCUGUUGCUUGAAGUUUUGAACUUCUAUUAACCUCCUACUUUUUUUUUUUCUUCUUCCUUUUUUUUGGGCGUCCCAUUCUAUCCUCAACCUGAGAUAGAACUUCGUUUGUGGCGUCGUUGGUGCUGCAGGAUCAUAUCAGAUCGCAGUAUCAUAGGUCAGCAUGUCUUUAGUUCAAUCGCGACCCCCAUCCGAGGACAUGGGUAAACAUCCUGAUAGUGGAGAUAUCCGUGAGCAAUUUCGCAACAGCCGCGAUGAUGGGGAAUCGGGCAGCGAGCCAGAUAUUGCCGACAUCGAGCGCAUUUACAGGAAGCUGGAUUUUCGCAUCAUCCCUGCCUUCUGGGUACUUUAUUUCCUCUGCGCAGCCGUCCGGUCCAAUGUUUCACUCGCCCAAACGAUGAAUAUAGACACCAAUCACACUAUUUUCGAUGUUUUGCACGUAAACGACCACCAAGUCUCGACCGCUCUCGCCUUAUUCUAUGUGUGCUAUGUCCUUUUCGACCUGCCGUCGAAUCUAAUCAUGUCCAGACUCAGUCCACAUGUCUGGAUGAGUCGCAUUGUCAUUACUGUCGGCAUCAUUGGCACCUGCAUGACUGCCAUGAAAGCCGCCUGGAGUUUCUAUCUUCUCCGUCUACUCCUUGGUAUCGUCAUCGCGGGCAUGUGGCCCGGCAUGGCCUACUACCUGACCCUCUUUUACCCUCCGUCUCGAACGGGGAAGCGGAUUGGCCAAUACUACACAGCAGCACAGCUUUCCGCCGCAGCUGUCGGCCUGGUCUCGGCCGGAUUCCAAAAGAUGGACGGUGUCCGAGGCUACGUCGGGUUUCAGUGGAUGUUCCUGGUAUGGGGUGUCAUAACAAUCGCCGUCGGCAUUCUCCUCCUCUGGUGGCUACCAGACCGGCCCACACCUCCAGGCGAACAAGCCCCGAAGAAGAAAUACCUACGGUGGUUCCCACGCAGUCCACCUGCGCUGACCGGCCGGGACGCUGAAAUCCACUAUCACGACCUGAAGCGCGUAUACCACCGCUCGGCAUGGACGCUCCAAGACCUCAUCCGCGUGUUCCUCGACUGGCGCCUGUGGCCCCUCCUCAUCAUGUACUUCGGUGUAGUAGGCGUCGGCAUCGGUGUCCAAAGCUACGCCACAGUAAUCAUCAAAGCCAUAAACCCCAAUCUCAGCGGAAUAGACCUCAGUCUCCUCUCCGCCCCAAUCUGGCUCAUGGACCUAGCCGCCAUCCUCCUGGUAACCCCCUUCUCAGACCGCUUCCACCACCACCGCGCCAUCUUCUUCUCCGUUCCUGUCCUUCUCCAAAUCCUUGGCCUCCUCCUCACCACCUACGCCGGCACAGACACCAACUCCUGGCCCCGCUACGGCGGCCUCCUAAUCGUCGGCUUCGGUCUCGGCCCCACAGUCCCCAUAACCAUGACCUGGACCACCGAGAUCUUCCAACCCCGCCACGGCGAAGUCGGCGUCGCAGCCGCCUCUGCUAUCGUCUCCGGUCUAGGCAACCUCGGCAGCAUCGUAACGACAUAUGCCCUAUACAACGGCUGGGCCGAGGACAGCGCGGCGCCCGGCCGUCUCAAGUUCCGGAAAAGCAAUCUAGUCAUGGUGGGCAUUCUGUGCGGGAGUAUCCUCGCCGCGGUGUUGAUGCAGAUCCUUGUCCGAGUGAUUGAUGGACGCAAGAGCGAUGAGAAUGACCCGGACAAGAUCAUGGAUGGUGCCGCUAGACGCGAGGCACAGCAGAGGGGUCUCGAUGGAUUGGGCUCGAGUGUAUUUUCUCUUUUCAAGAAGAGGAACAACUAACUAAUCGGUCAAUCAUUGCGUACAUACACUAACACUAUAUAUAGUAUGUACGUUACAUUUUCCCAUCAGGGUUUACUGGCCUGACUAAAUAGUCAGGCUGGGUUGACUUUUGGUAUGAUCCAUUGGCAAAAACUAAUACAUGUAUUUAUACCUACAUAUCUACAUCUCGUUAACAUAAAGAUGUUAAUUCUAAUAGAUAGUUAGUUAGUCUAGACUAUACUUACUAACGAUACGAAAUACAGCUCAUCGUGACAAAA